CACAAACAAAAAACUCAACUCAUGAACGUUGGCAAGAUGCAAGCGCCUGGCCAGCAUCAGCAUCUGCUGCAUCCGGCCGCAUCCGCUGGUCCGGCGCCGCCGCCGGCUCAACAGCACCACCUGCCCAUCGACUAUAGUUUGGGCAACUUUAAGCCCGCCAUUGCAGCUGAUUUUCCCGGCGGCCCCUUUGGCGCCAGCCCCUCCGCAUCCUCCGCAUCGCCCUCAACCGCCACGUCAAGCGCCGCGCUGCAGGUGCGCGAUCUCAGCACCUUGACCACAAUGGCAGCGAUACCCUCGCCCACGCAGCUGCUGCACCAGCGCAUGCAGCCGGCCCAAAUCACGGUGGAUGCACAUCAUCAACAGCUCCAGCAGCAGCAGCAACAAUUGCCGCCGGCGGCUACAUCGCCACAUGAUUACGCGCCCAUGUCCGCCUUCAAGGCGGUGCUGCCCAAGAAGCGCAACACCGACGAUGCAUCGCACCCCUUUAGCAUAAGCAGAUUGGUCAAGACUGAACACCUGACGGCAAUUGUGGCAGCCGCGGGCCUGAAGCCACCGCCGCUGUCGGCGCACAGCGUCGCCUUGGCGGAGGACAACAACAAUUCCAUCUCGAUGCUGAGCAAGAACCAACAGCAGCAGCAACAGCAGCAACUGCAGCGUCCAAAGCUGCUGCCUUAUCUGAGCGCCAGCGAGCAGCUGCGGCAGUCGCGCUCCCGAUCGAGAUCACGAUCACGCAGCGCCUCGCACUGCUCCUCGCAGAUCGACAUGGACGAUGCGGACAGCAGUCACGAGCGCUACUCGCGGCAUUCGCGCCGUUCGCUGCACUCGCGCUCCCGUUCCCGUUCCCGCUCUAGAUCCAGAUCACAUUCGAGCAGCUCGUCCGUGGAGCUGGAGGUGGACUCGCCGCCCGGCAGUCCCAGUAUGAGUUCGCCCAGUGCCGCCUCCGUUUCCGCCUCCGAGCUGCUAAUCACGGCCAACAGCAACAGCAGCGCCAAGAAAUCCGACUUGUUCUCCGUCUCCGCGCUGCUGCGUCGCGACGAGCCGGCGACGCGACGCGCACGUAGCCCACCACUUGGCCUGGUUGGCGCCUCGACAGCAGCGCUGGCGCUUCCCAAUCCGCUGGAGGCCAUGCGCCAGAGCUACCCGCCCAACUACGAUGCGGCCAUGUUCCAGCGUCCCAUCUUCUCCCCGGCGCUGCCCUUCUUUGCCGCGAUUGCCUUUCACCAGGGACAGCAGCAGCAGCAACAACAACAGCAAUCCGGACUGGUCGCAAGCUACCAUCCGGACUCGCAGGAAAAUCUCUUCCGACUGCGCAGCCUGAUGGUGCCACUCCAGUCUGCUGGCCAGAAUGGCUCCACUGCGGCUGCCGCGGCGGCAGCGGCAGCGGCAGCCGUUGGUGUGGGCGUUGGCGUAGGCGUGCCACCGGGCGGCGGGCAUUUGGGUCUGCCGCAUCAGCCGCAUCUGCACUUCCAUCACAUGGCCGCCAAGUGGCCGGGCCUGCAUCAAUUUAGCGACCUGUACUCGUGCAUGAAGUGCGAGAAAAUGUUCUCCACGCCGCACGGACUCGAGGUGCACUCGCGCCGCACCCACCACGGCAAGAAGCCCUACGCCUGCGAGCUGUGCAACAAGACCUUUGGCCAUGAGGUCAGCCUUAGCCAGCACAGGGCGGUGCACAACGUGGAAAAGGUCUUCGAGUGCAAACAGUGCGGCAAACGCUUCAAGCGCUCCAGCACCCUCUCCACCCAUCUGCUCAUCCACAGCGACACGAGGCCUUAUCCCUGCAGCUACUGCGGCAAGCGAUUCCAUCAAAAGAGUGAUAUGAAGAAGCACACCUACAUCCACACGGGCGAGAAACCGCACAAGUGUCAGGUGUGCGGCAAGGCGUUCAGCCAGAGCUCCAACCUGAUAACGCACUCCCGCAAGCACACAGGCUACAAGCCCUUCUCCUGCAAGCUAUGCCACAAGUCCUUCCAGCGCAAAGUGGAUCUGCGACGCCACAAGGAGACACAGCACACAGAUCUGCGCGUUCACCUGGGCAAGGUGGACUUCAUGUCGGCCGCGGCGGCAGCUGCCGAACUGGGCGCCGGACCCGGACCCGGACCGGGUAUCGGCCUGCCCAUAUCAACGCAGACGGCGCCGUCAGCGCCAGUGAAUGCCUCCACGCCGGUUAGCUCGAUGAAUUGCCAGAAGGUCUCGCUGCUGGCAUAACAGCAACAACUGCAGCAGCGGGAGCAGCAGCCAGCGCCAGUUGCAUUACCAGGUCCAGUACCGCAUAACCCAGUCCCAAACAAUCGGAAUCAUUGUGCAAUAGCUGCCGACACGAAUGGCCGCCGGCAUCCAUUUCCAUUUGCCGUUAACAAAAUUUGAAUAGUUUAAGCCGAGGUGCAAAAGAAAUUUCCAGUGUUGCCAAACGUAAAUAGAUGCAUACCAUAAACAACAUUAUACCAAAGACAAACAGUUAAACCAAAAUAAAAACCAAAUCUUAGGCUCUCUCUCUAUC